UCUGUCUGUCUGUCUGUGGCUUGCUCUGCGCAUGCGCGGGUCAUCCGGCUGUGGAGUGCGGUGGAAGCGCUCGUGCAACAGUUUGAAUGGCAUCCGUGAUCCGCGCACCAGAGUCAGUGAUGGGAGACUGGAGCAGCGCUCAGAACCGCACAGGUCAGUGCGCCCCGCCGCUGUCUCCGGUCAUCGGGACUCUGAAGCUGGUGUCCGGCGACGGCACGAGCGUGGGCAGCGUGAUGAGCCUGCAGUGCCCGAGCAGACACCGCGCGGUCAGCGGCGCUCAGAUGGCCUGCGUGUGGAGCAGUAACGACACCCGCUGGAGCGGAGGAACACCCGAGUGCAGACCUUUGUCUCGGUUCGAGGACGAGGGCUUUCGUUUAGCUCUUCUCAUGUCCUUCAUCAGUGUUGCCAUCAUUCUCUUGAUGAGCAUCAUCUUCAUCACUUCCUGUCUGGUGAAACACGUGAAGCGAGAGGAGAGGAGAAAGAUGGAGAGGGCAAGAAAAAAUGGGGCAUCUGAGUUUUGGCAAGCAGCAGACGUUGACGUUGAGCGAGUGGAGCUGCAGAGAGAGGCGUUACACAACCACAAAACCACAAACAACAACAACAACAACAACUACACACAGCACACAGACACACACAGAACCACAGACAACCAGAUCUACACCGGCGGUGACCCGCGCACUCCCUGCAGGUGUCUUCAUCAAGGGAAGCCCUAUCCUCAGAUCAUCCAUCCGUCUCAGUUCUCUCUGAUCCUCAAUCCUCCCACUGACUGCCUGAUGAACACACACAUCGGCCCUGUAGAAGCACACUGCGACGGCGCUGCGGGGGACACACACUUCUGCAGGCCGCUUCUGCAAGAUCCGGUCUGGAGCAGACAGCACCUGUUUAACCCACCGGUCCACAUCAUAUGAGGACGUGCUCCACGUGCUGGAGAAUAUGGAGGACUAUGUGUACUAAUGAUGCAAACUGGGACUAAUCGUGAAAGAGACGAGUCCUCAACUGAGAAUCUGAACUUUUUCCCUGGUGGUGUAUGUUGUUGUUUUUUAAAAUAAUCAUGUUGUACACUGUAUUGAAUUGUUAUUGCACUUAACAUGCUAUUCCACUUGACUCUGGCCAUGUUUUAAUUAGAUGCAUACUAAAAUAUUAUAGCAUAACACCAUUACCUGCCAUAUUACUGGAUGUUUACUGUUUGUAAUAUGCCUCUUUCCCUUAAAGGGGCUAUAUGAAGAAUUCAGAAACCCUUGUUAUUAGCGACACUAGUGGCUGUUAAGUGAAUUGCAGCCAGCAACUUAAUGCUCGUGCUCGCACUCGUGCACAAGCGACUGAAUGUGAUUCAAGGCCCCCGGCGUUAAGAAAUCAUCUGAUCAUAAUGAUGUGGAUAUGUUUGCAGCAGCUCUGAGAUUCACCGGCAUCAUGUUGACAGAUGAUGACCCAGACACCAACAUAGUGUGGCCCAUGUGGAUUACACGCAGACCAGAUGUGGGCCGAACCUAUAUUGUUGUUAAGUGAGUUUUGAUAGUUUGGUUAUAAAGUAUAUUUGAGACUGUAGACUAUAUCUGACUAUGCAUGACAGAUUUACAUUACAGUACACAAUUGCUCUUUCGGCAUUAUCCUGAACAUUGUAUAAGCAUUCAUUCGUUAAUGUGUGAUUGAAUGGAAAAGAGUGUCUCAGGAGUGCGCGUAACCAUCACGUCCUUUUGAUUUUCACAGCAAAAACGUCCCGAGUCCUUCACAUAAAAACCAGUCUACAGGCUUUCAUAGACAACCUAAGAAGUCAGGGUCUUGUUUUUUUAAGUUUCAUUACAAGUGGUACACACAUUGGCAAAAAAAAAGUAAUUAAUACAUGUAAAUUCUUUCAUAGAGCCCCAUUAAAUUUAGAUAUUGUGGGGCUCAUAUGAGUUGAGAACAAUCCAAACAAAGACAGAUUGAUGUACGACAACACUGCUGUGAAGGGCAUUACUGUUUUAUUACCCUCCAUAAGUCAGACUUUUUAAAAGUUCUUUUUACAUGUGUUUUACUACUAAAAAUAUUCAGAAUAACCAACACGGAAUUCUCAGUUUACUCCGGAUAGCAAAAAAUCAAAUGGUCUUUCUGGAUGCACACUUGAAAUAAUAUAACCUAAUGGAGAAAAAAAGUCAAACAGCCUACAUUUUUAUAAACUUUAAGUGAACAAGUCUGUAAAAAAAAGUUCUGUUGUACUCAAAAACUAAAAACCAAAGCAAUAAGAUUGAAAAUGUGGAAAUUAUCCUAUGACUUUUUGAGCAAGUGUUUUGGCUGUACUCUACACUGUGUAAAUAUCCCUAUACAAAAGCAGCAUUUAAAACAAUUUUACAGUCCAAAACGCUCUUUUGGUACUUUUUGUUCUGUUGCUAGUGUUGGUGCCUCUGGAUAUAAUGAGCGAAUAAUAAACAUGAAUGUAAUGCUAA